AUGUACGAAAGAGCGCUGCAAAGCCAUGAACGCCACGGGAAACGAUGGGGCUACCCCAUGCAUAUCCUGCGACAGGAUAUCUCGAUCGGAUUUUGGAACAAGCCGAGCUAUCUUCUAUCACUGGUGAUCAGUGAAAUGGCCAAGCCAGCCGGCGAGAGAAUAGAGUGGUUAAUGUAUAUCAUGUUCUUCUGCAUGUUAUUGAAAGAUACUGACUUUUGCAGGUGGGUAGAUGCAGACUCAAUUAUACUGAACAACGAUAUUCCCGUGGAGAUCUUCCUUCCGCCAUCAGACCUGAAAGAUAUCCAUCUGGUGGCAAGUCAAGACCAAAACGGCCUUAAUACGGGGAUUAUGUUCCUCCAUGUCCAUCCUUGGAUGAUAAGUUUUCUUACCGAAACAUUGGGCUACCCUCUUUAUCUGCCUAAUAUUGACCUCGGUCGAUCUGCCGACCAGGAAAGCAUGAGACGUGUUCUCAACAAGACGACCGGGGGUCCAAAAGGGCAGGGUUAUGCAGAUGGAGUUUCUUACCUGCCACGGCCAUGGAUCAACACUUAUGAAUGGGACUGGGCCUAUGAAGGCAAAAGAGGAGAUCUUCUCGUGCACUUCCCGGGUCUAGAGGAGCGCCGAUGGCCGCACAUGGCUAAAUGGCUGAAUAUUGUCGAGACGACUCCUCAAGAGUGGAACUUGCCUCUUGAGGAGACUGGGUAUAUCAACAAGACUACAAUGUACUGGUCGCAGAUUCGAAGUGCGAAGGAAAGUAUCAAGUCUGCAGAAAAGAAACUGCUGUCUGGGGUGUCUGGUGAGGCACUAUCUCGGAGUACCAAUGAGACAGCCGGUGCACUCAAGAAUAUAUUGCGUGAGAAAUCAGACAAUAUGGAGCUGGUACAGCAACAGACCCAGGACCUUAAUGCGUUGAUUGGGAUGGCAUAG